UGCAAAUCGAGCAACUGCGCGCGCCUGUGUGUGUCAGACCGCAGUCCGAUCUCGCGCAUCAGACGACACACAUCAGCUAAACCACGGACAAUCCUUUUGGAAAAGGCUCAAAGACUGGAGUGAAGAUCUUGACCGAGAGCAUCAUGUCCGAGUCAUUCGACUGCAAGAGCUGCAAAGAGUCUCUGUAUGGCAAGAAAUACAUCCAAGUGGAUGAUGUUCCCCAUUGUGUCCCGUGUUACGACCGUCUGUACGGCAACACCUGUCACCAGUGUAAAGAGCUCAUCACACACAGCGCACGAGAGCUGUAUUAUGAGGACAGACAUUAUCAUGAACAAUGUUUCUGCUGUUCACGCUGUGGAUGUUCACUGGCCGAUGAGUCUUUCACGUGUCAGAACGACGCUCUUGUGUGUAAUGCCUGUUACUGCAGUGAGUUUUCCUCCAAAUGUGUGGCCUGCAACAAAACUGUGAUGCCAGGCUCAAAGAAGUUGGAGUACGGUGGAUGCACCUGGCAUGAGGAGUGUUUUGUUUGUUAUGGUUGUGAGCAGCCCAUCGGCGCUCAGGCCUUCAUCCCAGAUAAGGGCGAUUACUACUGCGUGCCGUGUUACGAGGGACGCUUCGCCCCACGCUGCGCUCGCUGCAAACAGAUUUUAGUGCAUGGUGGGGUGACAUACCGAGAUGAGCCGUGGCACAGAGAGUGUUUUCUCUGUACGGGUUGUAAGACGCAGCUCGCCGGUCAGCCGUUUACAACACAAGGUGAAGAUCCGUACUGUGUGAAGUGCUUCAGUAACCUGUACUCCCAGAAAUGUGCCGCGUGCAACAAGCCGAUCACAGGUUUUGGAGAGGGGAAGUACAUCUCUUUUGCGGAGCGUCAGUGGCAUCAGCCGUGUUUUAAGUGUUCCUCGUGUUCAGUGUCUCUGGUCGGUGCCGGAUUCUUUCCGGACGGAACAAACAUUCUCUGUAAAAGCUGCAAUGGCAUAUAACCCACGGCUCAUUUCCACAGAUGAACUGUCGCUUUGUGAGCAGACCUUUAAAAACAAGUUAUACAUGCAUUUAUAAAUGACAUCAUUUUUAUGUGUAAUGUCAAACUGAAUUUGUAAGUUACACUGUUGUAUUUGGGCAUUUAUCAUCACAGGACAUUUAUAUCCAAAAUCAAAUCCGUUUGAACGCAGCAUGUGUAAACGAAACCAUUCUUUGAAAUGCUGUUGUUUUUAUAAAUGCAGGCGUCUUUUGCAUAGUUUAGCUUUAGGAUGCGUAUCAUUUCCAUCGAGUCCAAUGUUUGCAUAUUCUUUAGACCUUACAUAUCCUUCAACUGCAUCAUUCCUCAACAAUGCACGCUAACCUAAGCGUCUCUCUGUUUGCGAAGUCGUGUGAUCACUGACACAUUAAACUACAAAAAUAUUGCACUGCAUUAUACGCUGUUUUGAAAAAGUUUCAAAAGCAUAAUUCAGGUUUUUUUCUUACAUUGUGAAUGGAUGAAUAUCAAUAAUGCUUUAUUCUGCUUUAUAAUGAUGCUUACAUGAAUAUUUCUGAUCUUUGAUGUAUUUUUUGUGUAUGAAUGCCUUUUUUGUAAAAUAAUUAUAUAUUUCUUUAAAUAUGUUGUUUGAAAUAAGUACACAAAAUCUAGCAUUUCUUUCUGUAAAAACAAAUGUAAUUUAAGUAAUUAAAUGUUCCUUGAAAAUUGCCGUAAAAUGAAGCUGACAUGAUAUUCAUGACAAUAAAGUCUGUUAUAUCUA